AUGACAGUCUCACUUUCCCCCUCGUCCAAUUCAUCCAAGGACGCCCAGGCUGCCCGCAAGCGGAGGAGACGGGCCCCAGCCGGAGGAGCUGCAGAUGACUGCUUCACCUGCAUCAGGAGAAAUACCAAGUGCGAUAGGAGGAGACCCUACUGCUCGCAGUGUCUCGAGAUUGGAAAUGAAUGCUCAGGCUACAAGACUCAACUGACCUGGGGAGUGGGUGUGGCGAGCCGAGGCAAACUACGAGGACUUUCGUUGCCUAUAGCGAAGGCACCCCCAGUUGCACCUGUUGGAAAGAAAGCGGCGAGCCGGGCGCGAGCAGCAAGCUCAGCAGCGACUACUUCUCAAUGGAGCGGCCCGGAAGAGGGACUACGCAAAGUUCACCGAGACGAUAGAAACCAUACUGCCUCUAUACCUACAGCGCCGUACGGAUCUUAUCAAGACUACCCAAGAUUCUCUCAUGGAGAAGCACCAGUAACUACCCAAGGGGCUUGGGGAGGCCUUCCCGCAUACGCCGGCCACAUGGGCUCGCAUGACCCGCGCAGAUUCCAGAAGCUCGGCUCCCCAAUGGGCCACUAUCCUAUAAUGGGCGAUUCGCUAUCAUCAUCUGUGGACUCGCUCAGCGAAGUCGAGUAUGCUAUGGGACACUCAUAUGUCAGAGAGGAGAUCCCUUUCGUCCACAGCCCCGGCCUCAUGUACGAUAACUAUACGGCCCAAAAUUCGCCUAUGCCUCAAAGUCCCGCCGCGAUUAUGAUCGACCAACGAGCGCCAACCUCGUGCCCUGGCCUAGUCUAUGCUCCAUCGGAACCCAGUUCGAGCCUCGGCUCUCACCCUGACUCUUAUGGGCCGCAGAUGGCCCAUAGACUGGUCGCGGAUAGCGACACUUUGAGCGUCCCUGAGAUGGAGCCCUACGGUGCCAGCACGCGUUCCGCAGAUGGGACUCACUGGGCAGCUACGAUUUCAAGGGAUGAUGAUGUGAUGCCCUCCGCUCCGGCCAACUUAGCUUUCCCAUACGAGAAUCAGCCGAUACAGAUCAGCCCCGAUCUCAUUGCUAAGAUGCCGUUUUUCAUGGACUACUACGAGAAUAUUAUGUGCCCGUCAAUGGUGCUUGUAGAUGGCCCAAACAACCCUUUCCGAGACCACAUCUUGCGGCUAGCAUCGAACAGCCGCAGCCUACAACACGCAAUCUGUGCUUUAGCCGCCUGCAAUCUUAGGAUGAAGAGAAGACUGAGCCUUGGCCAACGUGCCAGAUCAGAUAGCAUCGGUUCUGAUCGACUAUCCGAGGCGCAAUCGGAUCACCACUCCCUGAACGAAGAGCACCAACACCGAAACCUGGCUGUUCACCUCCUAAACGAGCAGUUGAACGACCCUAUGAAAUCUUGUCAUGAUUCCGUCUUGGCUACUAUACUACUCCUCUGUCACUACCGCAUGGUUGAAUCUGGCGUCGCUAAAUUUCACACACAGUUUGCCGGCGUCAAGAAAAUCCUCAGUAUGCGAGGCUCUGCUCCUUACCAAGGGUCUAGCGAGUCUUCUUGGAUGGAGGCCAUCUUUACCUAUUUCGACUCAAUUUCUGCCAGCAUUAACGACCGCGACGCUCAACUCAACCAUUCCUUCUACGGCCUUCCUUCAGAUGCCAACUUACUUCCUCCAGGAGUCGAGAACCUGGUCGGCUGCGACAGGGAGUUAUUUAAGACCCUAAGCAAACUUGGCCGGUUGAACAUCCUGUCACAGCAGUACCAUGUCCAGAGUGUUCUAUCAUCGCCUAAUGCUCACGUGGGAACGCCAGCAACUUCGCCUCCCCUAGGACAGCCGUUCAAGCAACCCAACGCACCAACUGGGGAUUUCUUCAGCACAAAUCACCAUCGCUACGAUGGCGGCAGCAGCCUCGUUUCACAGAUGGAUGACGAAGAGAUCUUAUCCACGGGAUUUUGCCCCUCAUCCCAAUUCGACGAGCACCGCUCGACUUUCUGGCGCGAGUGGAAGGAAACUCGCAUAGCUCUUCAAAGCUGGGAAUUCGACGCCCAGCGCGUCGCCGCAUCCCUCCCGAACUCCGCGACCCAGGCCCAGAUACGCGACCUCCACUCUCUCUCCGAGGCCUUCCGCUACGCCGCUCUCCUCUACACCGAACGCCUGGCUUCGCCCCACCUGUCUUCCACCGACAACAACUUGCGCAACCUGGUCAGCCAGGUCGUGUACUACGCGACCUCGCUCGAGUCCGGCAGCAGCGCGGAGAAGUUCCUGCUGUGGCCGCUGUUCGUGGCGGGCAGCGAGUGCGUCAACGAGCUGCAGCAGAACAUCGUGCGCAACAAGUGCCGCGAGAUCAUGUCCCGCAGCGGCUACAUGAACAACCUCGCCGCCAUCGAGGUCCUCGAGCGCCUCUGGGCCGGCGAAUAUUACGAACCCCCCAUGACCCCCGGGAGCAAGCUCGGCAUGAGGCGCGGCUGCUUCAACUGGACCAAGUGCAUCGGCGGCCCCGGGGUCGAAGUCGAGUGGAUCAUGUUUUAA